GCUCCAGCUGUGACCCGCGGGUCGCUUAAUAAAGUUGGUCCGUUUGAUGCCGGAUGGCUGUUUCUAGGAAGAUAAUCUUGUUAAGUACUUUCUUCGGUCGAGGAACAGCAACGCCGAUCGCGAACGUUUGGCUGAGUCCAGUUGGAUCGUUGACGCCAUUGAGACAGUAUCACAUACAGGAUGGCUCCGGCGGGUACCAUUACUCAUUCACGGGACCCCAUCACGCAAAAUCGGAAUCCAGUUUAAACGGAAUCACGCAGGGUGGAUAUUCCUACAUCGACGCCAAUGGGAUACUGCAAACAGUGACUUACACGGCAGACGAUCAAAACGGGUUCAGAGUGAGUGCCAGUAACUUGCCACAGCCGCCCAAGAACGAUCUUCAGACGAUGCAGGAAACGCCGGAAGUGGCGGCGGCCAAGAAGAGCCAUCUGGAGGAGCUGCAGAAGUCGCAGCUGAGGGACCAGUCGAAUUAUCAGUCGAAUAUCCUCUCUUACAAGAUCCUGCCCUCUUACUUCAGCUUCGCGCAAUUGAGGAAAGACGACGAGAAGAAUUUGGCUGUUCGAGAAAUCGCGCAAACCUCGAAGAAUCCCUUCCUCCUCUCUAGUUCCGAGGCAGAGAGGAUCGAGGUGCCCAAACCGGACCCCAGUCUCUCGAAGAUACUACCCUCUGCGACUGUUUCUUCUCUGUCACCUCGACCUGGCCAACAGCAAGACCAGAAGAACGACGAACAGCCGAGUCAAGGGAAUUCCUUGGAAAUAGGCAAACUCGUGUCACUUGGCAGCGUCCAGAGGCCUGUCAGCGUGCCAGCACCCUACGUACUUCCGGUUCUGCCUUACAGGCUGCUACACAGCGCCCUUCAUCACACUCAGGACUCUUUGGGCCAAUACGAUUACAGCUACACCGGCGACUCCAGCGCCAAAACCGAGUCCAGAUCGUUGGACGGGACAACUAGAGGUGCCUAUAGCUACAUCGAUCCCAACGGCGUCUUACAGCAAGUUCAUUAUGUGGCGGAUCACAAUGGAUUCAGGGUCAUGGCCACCAAUCUCCCGGAGGCCUAG